UUCGCUCAUUAACAAGAGAGAAACAAAAAAUGGCUGUCUCCUUCCACGUUCGAUCUAACAGUUACCCCUCCAGACUUCACCCACAAGCUGCUCAUGUUGAUGAGCAGUUAACUCGACUGAGAUCUUCUGAUGAAACCUCGACAUCUUCAAGCUCUUCUAUAUGUCAAAGACUUGACAAACUUCAAGAUCUUCACGAGUCUCUUGACAAACUUAUUCGCCUACCUUUCACACAACAUACUUUACCUCUAGAGAAGAACAAGAAAGCUGUCGAGCAGAUUCUUGAUGGAUCUCUCAGGAUCUUGGAUCUGUGCAACAUUUCCAAGGAUGCUUUGUCGCAGAUGAAAGAGGGUCUCAUGGAGAUCCAGUCGAUGCUGAGAAGAAAGCGCGGAGAUCUAUCGGGAGAGGUCAAGAAGUACUUAGCCUCAAGAAAAUCCAUCAAGAAGUCAUUGCAAAAGGUCUUUAAGAGUUUGAAGAUCAAACAAGACCAAGAGUGCAACGACGAGUCUUUGGCAGCGUUUGGAGAAGCAGAAGCUAUUACAGUUGGUCUGUUUGAUUCUCUGUUGUGCUUCAUGUCUGGAUCGAAGACAUGUAGCAAAUGGUCACUUGUCUCAAAGCUAAUGAACCAGAAGAAAGUUACAUGUGAAGCACAAGCAAAUGAAUUCAAAAGAGUUGACUCUGAAUUCGAAUCAGAGAAGACUUUGAAAAUGGAUGAUGUGCAGAUCCUAGAGUCAUGCAUUCACGAUCUUGAAGAUGGACUUGAAUCUCUUUCCAAGUCCUUGAUUAAAUACCGAGUUUCGAUUCUUAACACCUUAGGCCAUUAA